AUGCUCCAGACACUCUGGCCAACAAUAGGACAUCUUGUCACAAACAUCUACAAUGCGUGCUUACAGCAAGGCUACUGCCCGAGCGCAUGGCGCACAGCUGAGGUGGUGAUGAUACCAAAACCGAAUAAACGGGACCUCACGGACCCAUCGGCAUGGCGACCGAUCUCUCUACUCUCCUGCUUAGGCAAGGGCAUGGAACGCAUUAUUGCUAAACGAAUGUCUUAUCUAGCCAUCAAGCACAAGAUACUACACCCGAACCAAGCGGGCGCUCUGCCCCAACGGAGUGCUACUGACAUUGCUGCUGCGCUAACACAUGACGUGGAGCAAGCACGACGGAGAAGGAAGCAGAAGAAAGUCGUCACGCUAGUGACAAUGGAUGUAGAAGGGGCUUUUGACGCCAUACUGCGAAAUAGGCUCAUACUACAGCUACGCAAGCAAGGUUGGCCGGAUUUCCUCAUCCGCUGGCUUGCGAUGUUCCUCGCACACAGACUAGCAAGCGUCCGCUUUGAGGACGCCACCGCGGAAGCACUGGAGCUCCUUUGUGGCAUCCCGCAAGGCUCCCCUCUCUCGCCGAUCCUAUAUCUGCUAGCGACAGCGGCACUCUACAUGCUCCCUGGCGCUACGCAACGAUAUGGCUAUGCCGAUGACACCGCCAUGCUCUUCGUUGGAGACACGCUGGGCGAAACUACCACCCAAGCGAAUGCCGCAAUUGCCGCGAUGGAGGAAUGGGGCAGGAGAGAAGGCUUCGCCUUCGACGUUAAGAAGACAGAAGUGAUUCACUUUGCGAACGAAAAGCGAAGCAACCUACCGCCCAUCCAGCAUCAAGAUCGGUCGGCAAAUCAUCCCUUCCGAGAAUACAAAUCCUUCUAG